AUGCAGGUUGUUGCGGACAUCGCCGCCGUCCGCCGCGCGCGACAAGUUGACCUCUCGGCGACGUGGGGGCUUGUGCCCACCAUGGGUUUCCUGCACGAGGGGCACCUCAGCCUGGUGCGCCAAGCCCGCCGCGACAACAGCCGCGUCGGCGUCAGUAUCUUCGUCAACCCCGCCCAGUUCCAUAAUCCCGACGAUCUGGCAACCUACCCGCGCGAUCCCGAACGCGAUCUUGCUUUGUUGAAACAGGAGGGGGUGGAUCUGGUGUGGACGCCGCUGCCGGACCAGGUUUAUCCCGCCGGCUAUCAGACCUAUAUCCACGUGGAAGAAGCGUCUCGUCCGCUGGAGGGCGCCGCGCGGCCUGGCCAUUUUCGCGGCGUCGCCACCGUUGUCGCCAAACUGAUGAACGUCUUUCAGCCGCAGCGCGUCUACUUCGGACAGAAGGACGCUCAGCAGGUGGCGGUCGUCAAGCGCAUGGUGGAGGACCUGAAUUUCCCGCUCACGGUCGUCAGUUGUCCCACCGUGCGGGAGCCGGACGGCUUGGCCAUGAGUUCGCGCAACGUCCUGCUAUCGCCGCAGGCGCGUCCGCACGCCGCCUGCCUGUUUCGCGCCUUGCAGGCCGGCAACGAUGCCUUCGGGCAGGGAGAGCGCCAGGCGGAGCCGCUGCGCGCUGCCAUGCGGGCGGUGAUUGAUGCGACGCCGACGGCGCGUAUCGAUUACGUCAGCGUUGCCCAUCCGGAGACACUGGCGGAGUUGGACGUCGCGGAGUUGGACGUCGUGGAGGCCGCUGCCCUGCUGUCGUUGGCGGUGUUUGUCGACGAGGUGCGGCUGAUCGACAACAUCACGGUGGGAGAGUCGGCUUGUGCCGAUUGA